GUAAAGGAAAAGAGAAGAUUGAGAGGACCAUUGUGUGGGAUGAGGAUCAAAGCAAGUUUAUGCUUGGUUGGUUUACUGACUUCAUAAAAGAACAACAUGCUGGUUUUAAGAUUAAAAAACAACACCACUUCAAGUGUGCUGAGGCAUUGAACAGACAAUUCAAUAUGGGGGUCACUGCUACUCAAGUUGAAAGACGUUACAGGCAUUAUAAAGAGAAUUGGAAGUUUGUUGCUGCAGCCUUAAGCAAGAGUGGUAACACUUUUGACACAACAAGGUCUAUGGUAGUCAUAUCUGAAUCAGAGAAAGCUAACCUAAAGGAUAGGGCAAGGAGGCUCCUUUCUAAGCCUAUCAAGUUUUUCAAUGAAAUGCAAGAGUUGUUUAUUAACAGCAGUGCUGAUGGCUCUCUAGCCAUGGAAGCUACAACUUGCAUGAAUGAAACUCAUCCUGGAGAUGACAGUGACUUCAAUGAUGAUGUGUGCAGUGACUUCUCCAACUACCCUCAGCCUGUGCAUGAUCUAGGUGAUGAUUCUGACACUUUACCAUCUCCCAAUCAUCAUCCAUCUCAAAGUGUUGAUCAUAGCUCGUCAAGUUCUGGACUGAAGCGCCCACAAGGAGAGGGAGUACUUGCGAAGAGGAAUGUGAAACCAAAGAGUCACACAACAAAGGUAGUAGAUGAACUAAGUGCUACUUUGGUAGAACUUCGAAAUGAUCUUAAGAAGCCACCACCUCCAGUGCCUAUGCCUUUUGUUAACCCUAAUGCAAUAUUGUGGCAAAGGCUUGAGAAUAUGACAAUUACUACUGAUCAAAAGUUAAUGGUAGGAACGUAUCUAGCACACAAAGAUCAAAAGGGUAUGCGUGGUUUCUUAUCUGCUGCAUCAGACAUAACAUUUGAGUCAUGGGUACUAAAGCAUCUGAGUGAUUUGGACCUAUGAAUCG